AUGAUGAAGUUUGACGCUCAGAUUCUUUCAGAAGAAAUCAUCAGACCAUCUUCCCCAGAAAUUCAUCAAAAAGAACCCUUCAAACUCUGUGUAUUUGAUCAGCUAACUCCCACCACUUACGUUCCAGUCAUAGUAUUUUAUGCCCGGACUGAUAACAACACCACCAAUAUUUUGACUCAGCUGAAGAAAUCUCUUUCAGAAGCCCUAAACAUCUUAUAUCCCUCUGGGAGAAUCUUUAGUAACAUGUUCCUCCAUGAUUUCGACGCCGGUGUUCCGUUUUCAUCGGUUCGAAUUGGUUGUCGAUUAUCCGAGUUUCUCAGGCAUCAUCAAAUUGAGACCUUGAACAACUUGCUCCCAUGCCCUCCUUUCUGCAAGGAAUCAAAUCAUCAGGGUCCUCUCUUGGUUUGUCAAGUCACCAUGUUUGCAUGUGGGGGAAUAGCUUUAGGCAUCUGCGCCUCACAUAAAAUCACUGACGCCAAAACAGGCUUCAUUUUAGGCUUUGUUUGGAGCACAAUCUGCCAAGGAUACCACCCUGAAAUUAGAUUUCCUGCCUUAUCUAAGGCAUCCUUGAUCUUUCCACCUAAAAAUCCAAUGCCCAAGAAUUACAUAAUCAUGAUGGAAAACUUAUGGUUCACUGAAGGUAAUUUUAUUACACGGACAUUUGUGUUUAAUGAGGAAGCAAUAGCCGUCCUAAAGGACAUGGCAAAAGGGGAAGUCGAGACUACACCGACACGAACCGAAGCUGUCUCGGGUUUCAUCUGGAAAUGUUCAAUGGCGGCAUCCAGGGCGAUACAAGGAACCUCGAAACCAUCCAUUGUGGUCCAAGCGGUGAACAUGAGGCCAAAAGGGAAGCUUACGACAUUAGAUGGUUCGGUUGGGAAUGUAUUCUGGUGGGCGAGUGCACUCUCGAAUGCAGCCGAGACAGGCACCGAGUUAUCCACAUUGGUCGAGUUGAUGAGUCAAUCCAUUGCUGUUUUCGACGAUGAAUACAUGAGAUCCGUCCAAGGUGAACAAGGGUUUGAAGCCAUCGCUGAGCACUUGAACCAGCUGGAGCUGUUGUUUUCCUUUGAAAAACCUGAUAUUUUCGCCUUCACCAACUGGAUCAAUACCGAUUUUCACAAACUAGAUUUCGAAUGGGGGCAACCUUCUUCAUUUGCAUUACUGGCAAAGUAA